AAUAGUUUUAUAUAAGUCUUUUUUUGUAAGUGAAACAAGCGCUCGUGACUUACCUGAUCAUGUAAGUUCUGACGACUUUUUGACUGCGUAAACACUGACGAUUUGCUAACCGUAUGACUAUUUACGAUUGUCUGACUUCAUAUGUGCUGACAACUCAUCGGCUUUAUAAGUGCUGACAACUCACAGCCUGGAGAAGAAUCUACAAGUACUGACACUGACACUGCCUGUAGAAUAGUUUAAGUGCUGAUGACACAUGGGGCUGUAUUAGUACUGACGACGUACUGACUGUAUAACCGCUGACAACUCAGUACAUGCAGAAGAAUCUAUAGAUAUUGACGAUUUGCCGAUCGUAUAUAAGUACAUAGGAUUGUCUGACUGCAUAAGUGCCGAAAACACAUUGCCUGAAAAAAACAGUUCAUAGGUAAUAACGAGUUUCUGACUCCUUGGAAGUGCUUGAACGACCUAAUGACCCUUCCUUCGCUGUGAAGGUCAUGUUAAGGUCAAUAUUCUUGCUCGCUCUCCUCGUGGUCUUCCCUCUGCAUGCUGUUUGGGCUUCUGAAGGGGACAAUGUUAUUCCGACUGUGAAAUCGUACGACCUGUUUCCCGAGGAAGAUAUGCACGACCAGAGAGCCCUGGUGAAGCUCCCCGACGCCACAGUGGAUAUGCGAGUCCCUUUUACCUUCUGUUUUUGGAUCUUCUCGGAUUUCCAGGCAGCAGAUGGAUCAAUUAUCCACCUGUACGACGCCACUGGCCACCUGGAUAUCAUGGAGCUGGACGGCUACCUGUGUGUGUCGUUCAACCAGAGCUGUCCGACCGAGCUGAGCGAGGAGCGCCUCCUCGUGCGCACGUGGCAGCACCUCUGCCUGACCGUGAACGGCACGGGCAUCACCCUGAGCACCAACGGCACGUCAAGCACGAAGCAGGUGGCGGACAUCCUGGCCUGUCAGAUCGGCCGGGCCAACAUCUACAACGUGUCCAUGGUGCUCGGGUCGAGGCUGAAGAGUCAGAGUUUUUCGGGCAGCGUCGUCGACACGAGGUUCUACAACAGGCAGUUGGGGCAGAGGGAGAUCGCCGAUUUUGCGAACUGCUUUCCUGGACCCCAGGAUUUCUUGCCAAUCCCCGAGGCUGAGGCCGAGGGCUCGGCGGCAGUCAGCAACCGCCCUCUGACGGAGAUGUGCGAGCAGCCGUCCAAGGAAUUUCUGGCUCUGAUCGUCGUCCGCAACAACCACAGGGAAGCCAAGGGCUUCUGCGAGGCCUUGGAUGGCAGACUGAUCGACGAAAGGGACAACUAUACCCUUCUGGCGGAGCAAAUCGCCGACAGCAGGGACGUCUAUGACAGCACCGUGCAGGUCUGGACCAGGGAGUUGACGAAGGGGACCCACGGCUGGGCGCUGUCCGUGACCCGCACCUCCGAGGGCAGCGUCCACCACACCAUGGAGUACAACUGCCACGUCCGCUUCCAUGCCGUCGCCUGCUUCAUCCCGUCGGACAAGACGAUCUUCAUGAAGAGCGACUCCGUGCAGGAGUUCAGCCUCUUUUCGCACCGACGCCAGCUGAUGCUCCAGUCGGAGUCCGGCGAGGUGCUGUCGAAGGCCUCGUGCCCCGGGAACGAGAGCAUCUGCUUCGUCAUCAGGCGGAUGGGCAAGGUCGAGAAGUACUCCGUCCUGGGCAGCCAGCACCAGAUCCUCGGCCGCAGGGAGUGGGUCAGCUCGACCACCAGCAAGCAGUUCAAGGCGACGCUGUCCACCUGCGGGAAGGGCUUCUUCACCUGCGACGAGGGGACCUGCAUCGACCUCAAGAAGCGGUGCAACGGCCUCCACGACUGCCCCGACGAGAGCGACGAGGGCAGCAACUGCGUCAUGAUGGCCGAGCUGCCCUCCACAUACUGGAACAUGGUGUGCCCCGAGGCGCAGCCCGUCGUCGCCGUGGACGUGGCCCUCGACGGGGUCCGGGAGGUCAUCCUCGCCAAGAACGAGUUCGAGGCCAUUCUCUCCAUCAACACCUCCUGGACCGACCACCGGCUCCUCUUCAUCAAUCUGGGCGGCGCGCGGGUAGUCCUCCACGAGGACAUCGUGAGUCAGCUGUGGGUGCCCAACAUCGAAUUCCUGAACGCCAGGUACCAGGACAACCUCAGCUUGAGGACGAAGUCGUCGUUGCAGGAGCUGUACACGGUGAAGGCGCUGAGCAACGGCACGCAGGGGACGCUCAACAGCUAUGAAGCAAUGAAGCACAACGGUUCGGAUGUGGUGAUCAGCCGCACGAUCAAAUACCUGUUCGCUUUCUCGUGCCAGUACGACUUCUUCGCCUUCCCCUUCGACACUCAGACGUGCGACAUGGAGUUACACCUCCAGCCUUUCCAGGGUUGCCAGCCGGAGUGGAAUACCUCGAGCGGAGGCAUACGCGUCUACGGAAACAAGUCUACGAUCUCGAUUUACUCCGUUUCGGAACUGCGGUACACCUUCGAUUUCAAGAACCGGAACGUGCUGACGCUCAAACUCCUCUUCGUCAGGAGGUUCGAGGCCUUCCUGCUGACGACGUUCCUGCCGUGUAUCAUCCUGUGCGCUCUCUCACAGCUCACGCUCACGCACUUCAACAUCGACGACUUCACCGACAGAAUCACCGUCACGCUCUCGCUGCUCAUCGUCAUCGCCUCCCUCUUCUCGCAGAUGUCGUCCAGCGUGCCCAGCUCCCCGGUGCCCAAGUGCGUCGACUUCUUCUUCUUCUACUGCAUCCUGAGGGUGAGCAUCGUCUUCUUCAUGCACAGCUCCAUCGGCAGGAGCAUGGCGCCGGGAGACAGGCAGGAGGACGUGCUGGUGGCCACGAGAGGACCCAUGAACACGCUGAAGGUGGCGUGGCCGGAGAAAUCCCAAGGACAGAAGCAACCCUGGAGUACCUGCCGCUCGAGGGCCAUCAACGCCGCCGGGAUUUGCGUGACCUUGCUCCUCGAUGUCCUCGUGACCUUCGUCUUCGUCGUGUGGAUCAUAAGGGAUCACUAUGAAAGCCACAACCAGUUCGCCAAAUAUAAUCGCACCGAGUGAAACUGGGGGUGUGGUUUGUUUAAAUCUUGAAAAAAGUAUCGUAAGGAAAUGGGGGCGGGAAGGCCAUUUUAUUUUCAGAUUGUGUAAAAUCUAGUAUAGAGGAAUAUUAGUAGGGUAGGAAAGUAUCUUUUUAUUUUUAUUUUUAUUCAUUUAUUUAUUUUUUUUAUUCGUAAAACGCAGUAAAACACCUUUUUGAUCUGUUCAAUCCGUGAAAAAGCCUGUGAAGUAUGGAGUUGUAAUGUAGAGAAUAUUUAGGUGGAAUUGAAAUGUUCUUUCCUCAUUUGGCUUUUCCCGAAUUACUGUAAUUACUUAUUUAUUAAUCCUCUCUUUACUAUAAAAAAAAAUCGAAAUAGAUCCCUUGAUUGUCUCCAAGCGAAUGGAAAAGGACAUUACCUUGUGACUUGAGGCUAACUUGUUCUUUUCAAAACAUAUUCAUUGUAAAUAAGCCCUUCCUUCUUGUUCUUUUUCUUCUUCUUCUUCUUGAGCGGCAGAGGAAGGUCACUUUCACAUUAGUAGAUAAAACCAGUAAUAGAAAAUCUAUGAGUCGUUAAAAAAAAGAAAGAAAAAUCAGCUGCCUUAAGUAGAGUUCCUCAGGCGAUUGCCGAAAUCAGCAAUUGUUAGUGUGUUUUAGCGUGUUUUUUUUUCUCAAUCUCUUUUUUUUUCUACUGACAUAUAUCUUUCAAAAAGGGGAAACUGCUUCAUUGAUAGGAUGUAGAAUGAUAUUAUAGCGAUAAGGAUAAUAGUAGCAGGCAUGUAGUAUGUGGUAGUUGUCUUAGUUUGUCAUGACUAUAUGUUCUGUAUAUGGAGCACUUUCAUAUGAUGAUUGCUCUAUAACACCAUUUCCUUGUCAAUAAGUUUUAACUGUAUUUCUACAGAAUGUGGAAUAAAAAUUAGGAAAACGUCACGUAAUAUCAUUCCACACAUC